CCAUCAACUUGGCGCGCAACAUUGUUCCUGUUCAAGUUGAGUAUCGAAGUUUAUCGUUUUUCAUGCAUCGUCAACUUGUCAUGCAACAAAAAUACAUCGCAACAAAAACGAGAAACAUCCGAUCGAUGAUCAACUUGAACAGAAACAAUGUUCCGUGUCGAGUUCCUCGUAUUAGCCGAUAGUGGAGUCUGUUGUGGUUAUAUAUAUCCUGCCGAGAUUUGAGAUUGACAUUUAGAAGAAUAAAGACAAGGAAUAAUAUGCAAAUGAAUGGAUCUCACCUCAUUUUCACUCAACUGGAAACAAACAAGAGCUACAUGAGAACGCUAUGAAUUCGCCGCUUAAAGUGAGGAGACUGAUUCUCGCGUUCGUUUUCUGUUGUUGUGUAACACUUGUUUUUAUUUGGUUAGGUCUGCAYGCGCAAGACAAKGCUUUACAAAUGCCGACUAUGAAAAGAUCAUACCGCGUGGGUUGGCGAUACAAUUCAAGAAAGCCAUUAAUGACCCCUCAUUUUAACGAAACUAAAGCAUUUCUGGUGAUUAUUGUUACUUCUGCGCCGGGAAACAUCGAUAAAAGAAACGCUAUACGAAAGACAUGGGCGAAUUUCAGUCGCUCGAUGACACAAAAAGAACACAAGACAAUUAAAACGUUUUUCCUUCUGGGACUCUCAAACCUCAACGACAGCAUUAUUUUGGAGAAUCAAGAAUACAACGAUGUAUUUAUUGGAUCAUUUCAAGACUCCUAUAGAAAUCUUGUGCAUAAAGUAAUCUUGGGAUUAAAGUGGGUUGMAAAUACAAUGGAGUUCGACUACCUGCUCAAAUGCGACGAUGACAUAUAUMUAAAUGUGCCUUGUUUAUUGAGAUGGAUAAAAAAAGAACAGUCGAGUUUUCCUGAUAGACUUUAUUCUGGUAGGACCAUGAGCCAUAUCAAACCUGACCGAAGACCUGAUAGUAAAUGGAGAAUAACAAAAGAAGAAUAUCCUCUUGAUCUUUUUCCUCCAUAUGCGAGUGGYGGAGGAUACAUUGUCAAUCAGCUCGAGUGACAUCAUGAAGCUACAUUCAAAAGUAAUGCAAUAUGAAGCAAUGGCACCGUCUACGGUUAUGAGAUCAUGCGUCAGCGAACGUCUUUCACUGAUAGCCUGGG